GACUCGAUCCCGCCUGAACUUCCUCUCACUGACGUCAGCCUCGCUGCUCCGGACACCGCGCUGAGAAAAAUGCUGCUCUCCGUACCGCCAAGGACGGGAAUCAACCCCUACAACGGAUACAACAGCAGAAACAGCAAAAAGCAAGCCUAUGUGUCCUCCAGCCACCAGAUGGCACUGUCCAGUCCCAACAGUAGCAGCGCAAGUAGUGCAGGAGGCGGGGAACAGCUGAGCAAAACAAACCUUUACAUCCGUGGACUCCAUCCUGGGACCACUGACCAAGACCUGGUCAAGCUCUGCCAACCGUAUGGAAAGAUUGUGUCCACCAAAGCUAUUCUGGACAAAACUACCAACAAGUGCAAAGGUUAUGGCUUUGUGGAUUUCGACAGUCCCGCAGCAGCGCAGAAGGCUGUGACGGCGCUCAAGUCCAGUGGGGUUCAAGCUCAGAUGGCCAAGCAACAGGAACAGGAUCCUACCAACCUGUACAUCUCUAACCUGCCCGUGUCCAUGGAUGAGCAGGAGCUGGAGGCCAUGCUCAAAUCCUUUGGCCAGGUUAUCUCCACACGUAUCUUGCGGGAUGCUAACGGAACCAGCAGAGGAGUUGGCUUCGCAAGGAUGGAGUCCACAGAGAAGUGUGAAGCCAUCAUUCAGCAUUUUAAUGGAAAAUAUAUCAAAACCCCACCAGGAGUGCCAGUACCUACAGAACCGUUGUUAUGCAAGUUUGCUGACGGAGGACAAAAGAAGCGACAGAACCAGGCAAAGUACCUACAAAACGGUCGACCCUGGCAUAGAGACGGUGAUACGGGAGGAAUGACGCUCACAUACGACCCAACAGCCUUACAGAAUGGGUUUUAUUCUUCUCCGUACAGCAUCGCUCCAAACAGAAUGAUCGCUCAGACAUCUCUGUCUCCAUACAUGCCCUCACAAGUACCGUCCUACCAGGUGCACAGCCCGUCCUGGAUGCAUCACCAGUCGUACCUCAUGCAGCCCACUGUGAGUGCUCACAGAUGUCUAUUCGGGACCGUUCUGACUCCAGCUAUGGAUCACCCGAUGUCCAUUCAGCCCACGUCUAUGAUCGGACCCCUGACCCAGCAGCUCGGUCACCUGUCGCUCGGCAGCGCUGGAACGUAUAUUCCUAAUACAGCUAUGCAAGGGACAUACAUCCCUCAGUACACCCCAGUGCCUCCCUCUAGUGUUACAUUAGAGGAAAACAGUGGACAACAGCAGCAGGUUUCCAUGGAGACGCCUUCGGAACACACUAAUUACUCCUAUCAACACAGCAAAUGAAGCUACGGUCCUCUGGAGGUGCUAUGCAGUGCUGUGGACAAUGGGAAUCUCUCUGGGAGAUUUGCGGAUUACCACAGACAGAGAGUAGCAGAGGGGAUACGGAUCACAAAAGGAGCGUGUAUCUUUUGUAGAACAGAGACAAAAAGGACAUCAGUCAUCUUUUGUUCAACUCCUCUCUCUUCAGGUGUCACUCAGCCAACAGUGGGAGACUGUGCAAAAGAGCUAUCAAUUGAUCUAUUUUGAUAACAAAACAAAAAAAGCUUAAAAAACAAAGAUAAUUUAGAAAAGGGUUAGGAAAACACAAUGUGUUCUUUUAUGCACGUAAUGGCAAAUUCUUAUUUUUAAGAACUAAUUCUUUAAUAUGGGAGGAUGAGAAAAGAGAAAGUAAAAAACAUGUCUUUUAUUUUUUUGUAAAAUAUGCAACCUUUUUUUUUAGAUUUGUUCUUUUUUUUUUUCUUCAGUCAGCAGCAGUAAGAUAUUUUUGUACAGAUUAAGAUGCAAACAGUGCAUUUUAUUUGUCCUAUUUUUGAGUUUGUUGUGUGAUAUUCUGGUGAAGAAACCAUUUAAAGCCACUUCUUCAUGUCGUACCAUUUUAAGAAUCUUCAAAGAAAUAGUGAUAAAAUCACUCUAAUUGAUCAUCACUUCUCUGAAAGCAUCAGACAAUCCUUAAAUUAUUAUUUAUUGAAAAAAAUAAAUAUUUUUUGGUACAUAUCAAGGCAAUAUAGAUUUGUCUUUCAAGUUCUUAUGAACUAUUAGAUGCAGAAAUAGAAUAUCUGAUAUUGUGAGAUUAUCCAGUUAUUUUCAAUGUGCUUCAGCUGUUUAAGCUUUUUUAAAUUUAGUAAUGGAAAUGAAUCAGAUUUUUGUAAAAAAGUGUUUUAUGAGGGGCAUUUUAAAUCUAAUGAUUACCUGUGAAACAGUUUGUGCCUAACAUUACAGUGUUGAGGAUCAAUUCAGUUUUAUUUAAAAUAUAAAAAUGUAAAAAAGCAUAAUUAAUCAUUUUAGAAUUAAACUUCUGUCUCCUGCCUUGAUACUAUAGCUAAAAUGAGAGAUGAUUUAGUAUUUUUUUGGUGUGUGUAAUGCCACCAAAUAUUUCAGGUUUCCAAAAGCAUUGGAAAUGCGCAUUGUAAUGUACAUAGUGUUUCAUAAAUAUGGCUUUCAUUGGCUAACAGUACAGAGGUCUAGAGGAAGUGACAUUAAGUGGUUUGUUAGUAUCAAAAGUAUUUCAUAAAAGUGACGAUAACAUAUUGACCUGAUGAAGCUUCUCAAUAUGGGACUGCCAUAAAUCAGCAGUCUUUCUUCAUGCUGUAAUAGAGCAUAUUAAUCAAAUUCACCUGUUGUUAUCUGCUGUCAUUUUGGUAGACUUAAAGGAAAUAUUCGCCGCUAUGCCGUUUUACUGGUAUAGAUUUAUUAAACACAUGCAGUAGGACAAAUUAACAAUGACAGGAAAAGAAAAUCAAGGCAUUUGUUUUUAUCUGGCCUCUAAGGUUUGUUGUAGUUUUAAUCCGUUUGUUGUCUUGUUUUGAAGUAACAAUACCUAAACAUAUAAAAGGUAACUCAGUCAUGUUUUAUAUAUGUUGUGCUGGCCGAUAUGGCAGACAUCUUAGACUUAGUGAUGGGUGCUUUCGAAACAAUGCUUCGUAAAGCUUCAAACCCUUUGUGAAUCAUUUGUUUCGAACCAGUGAUUUGGAGCGCGUAUAAAUUGUUUAAUUUGGUUUUAUACAUAUGUUCUUUAUACAUAUGUUCAUAUCCAUACAUUUUGUUCUAAUGUCACAAGUAAUAAUCUCUGGACUUCACAUGAUUCUUUGCUUCUUUUGUAGUGUGGGUUUGGUGAAGUGUAUGUCACGUGUGUACCUUAUUACUUCUCACCGCUGCUUACUGAGGGUUUAGAGAACAAUUACUCUGUCGCCCCCUGUCGUUUCAAAGAAUAGUACAACGGCAGGCGCGUCAAGUAUAAACACCUCGUACGUUUAGGGAGGAGCGCGCGCAGUCAGCGGAGUCAGGCGAAAGUAUAAAUCACGCUUUAUUGGUCUGAUUAAGCAAGCUCUUAAACAAGCCCUACAAUUUAAUAAACAAGCACAUAUUACAAAGACACUUCAUAUUUAAUGGUAUUAGAUGAUUUGUUAAUUGCAUUUAAUAGAUUAAACUUUCAUUUUUUUCCCCAGGUUUUUAUGCAUGUAUUUGCUGAGUUUUCACUGCAUUUACACUACUCUGACCAGCAGGGGUCACCAGUGAUUCGAAACAGUAGCCGCGUUCCCAUUACCCUUUAAAUUGCGAAAAUUGAAAUUGCGAAUUGAAAAUACGUUCAAUAGAAACACAUCAAUUUCGCAAAAGCUCCCAUAUAUUGCAAAAAAGUUUUUAAGCUUGCAUGAGGUGGCUUUUCAGGCAAUUCGAAAAAGGAAUAUUUCGCAAAACUGCAAUGGAAACUAUUUUUUUUGCAUUUACAGGUCACCUGACGUAUGUAAAAGCUGAUCAUUAUUUAAAGAGGGCGCGGUAUGUUUGGACAGAAGAUGAGAGUUCUUUAUUAAACUCAUAAAAGACAAAAGUAUUACGGGACUACUGGAUUCUAAAGAACAAAGAAAUGCCACAAUUUGAAUUUUAGCAAGAACUUGAAGCAGUUAGGAGUAUGAAACACCCAGAAACACUUCAUACGUGGCUGCUCCCAAGCAUAAGGGGCUUUCCUUGCCAUAAAUGCUUGGAUAACAUGCCUACGCCUCCUUUGAUUAAAAAAUAAUGGCUAGUGCAGUGUCUGUGAUUAUACGUAAACCUACCAACAUCCUUUGCCAUGAUUUUUGGAAUAACUUAUCAUGAGAGAAAAAAAAAGGGUUUUAGUCGCAUAACAUCGGUUAAUGGAAACGUCGUUAUUUCGCAAUAGUUUUUUAUUGAUAUUUAGAAAAUAUCGCAAAAGUUUUGAACAAAUCUGUAAUGGAAAUGCGGCUAGUGACUCAUUUUGUGAAGCAAUUCGUUCAGCUGAUUCAAAGUUUCGAAAAGCUUUAGGCUUGUUCGAGAUGCAUCGAAGUAUGACAAAGAAAGUACUGCAUCAAAGUACUGCAAGAGCGAUUCAAAAGCAUAAGGAGUCGUUUGCUCUCCAAAUGCUCUUCUGGUACUUUGAUUUCAUACGCCGAUUGGUCUGCGCAGCGCUGAUGCAUCUCGAACAAGCCUAAUGUUUCUCCCAUCACUAGUCAUGUGAUCUCAAAAUGUUGGCCUCCUUGAGUCAACCUACUUACUUUAUUAGAAAAAAAAACAGCUUAAUAUAUAUAUAUUUUUUUAAAGUAAAAAUAAUUUCUUUAGUUGUCCUUUUUUGACAUUUAUUUUUAUUAGAAAAAUGAUUCCAGAUAUAUUCUCUCAAAGCAAGUCUUACUCUUGUCCACAAUUUUGCCUUUCAAGUAAAUGUAUUUUUUUUUGUUUUUAGGCUGUUAAAAUAAUUUUAUUGGAAAACAAGACCAAAAUACUGAUUAAUAAAGUGAUGUUUUGCGGUAAUGGAUACAGUGGGUGGCUUCAUCAGGUCGUGUGUUAUCAUGGCUUUGGUUGUUUGAAGAAAUACCUUGGCUAUGGUGCUGGGAUUAUACAUGACACGUAUGAAAGGCAGGAACAACUACGAUUAGGAUCAAGAAGGACAGAAGCAGUUCUUCAGCGUGUGCGCUCGCCUUCUUCCUUCAUGCUGCUGUUUUUCACUGACGUGUUUUUAACUUCCAAGUGAGAUUAGCUGUAGUGUUUGGGCGAAGCUUUACUUCUUUAGAUGAUGAUGACAAUUCCUUUGGUUGUGUGUGUUGGUUGGUGUUCCUUUUUAAAUCCCUGAUUCAUAGGAUUUUUUGGAAUUUGUGUUUGUGUGCAAAUGAGAAACAUUUUCUUGAGUUGCUCUCCUGUUCUUCAUGUCUUUCUCUGUGCAGUUUAUUGUUGUACUUGAAAUGUACUGUCCUGGUCAAUCAUGAUGCACUUCUAUAAGAGUUUGAAUAUCCAAAAUGAAAUGCUUUGAUGUCAUUGAUAAUCUAAAAAGAGUGUAUAUUUACUCAUGGUGUUACACAUGAGUUGUUUUUGUAUCUUUUUGUGUCUUUAAAAAGACUCGCUCUUCUAUAGGAUAUAAACACAAGGGCUUAUAUCACACUAAAGGGCACAUGAUGCAGCUGUUACUUCCUUCCUCUUGGUGCAUUUUACAUUUUAUGAAUGUAAAGCCAUGAUCUUGAUCUGAAAACUAUUAAAUGGUUUUCAUUAAGAGACUCUUACAUUCUCCAUCCAUAAAAAUAUCUAGUAGCUACAAGCUAGGUGACCUUCUAUGAUAGUUUGAAAUUACAUUCAUAGAAAGUUGUGUUACUGAAAUCCAUCUAUACCUCUUUUAUAGUUUACCGUCACUCAGACUGAAAUUCAAACUAUUGGCAGUCACUGAAAUCUUCAGGCCACCCAAAGAAUUGAUUCAUUCCUGCUACCAAAGAUCUCAAUGCCACCAAGAAGAAACAUGUCUAUACAAUUUAAAAACAAGUUUCUUAAUAAAAAAAAAAAAAAAAAAAAUUAAAAUACCAUAUGAUAUCUAUAUGAAUGAUCAAGGAGCUGAUGAGAUUUGAAAUAGCUUGAGUUAGUUGGUUACGGCAUAGCUUUUUCCAUUACUUUGACUUCUUACCCUUUGCCCACUUUUUCAAUGUGAUUUUAUUGUUGAUGUUUUAAGUUUUGACUAUGCUAUGUCAAAUGUUCUGUACUAAAGAUAUUUCUCAUGCAGUUCACCUCAUGAAGGAAAACAGGAUUUAUUUUUGGUUAUCAAGCUUGGUAUCAUCCAUUACAAAUACAAAACAUGAAACAUGGUUUUGAAACUUUGAAAUGAUGUUGAUUUUAAUUCAGAUUUAUUGCAUAUCUAAAUUCUUAUAUCUUUUUCAGCAACUGGGAUGAUACUGAAUCAGUUCCCGGUUCAAUUUGCGUGAUUUUAUUUCAUCUAAUUUCAACGAAUAGCUGCUAAUUUUUUGAACAGCUCAUUUCAUAGUUUCAAAAUGUAUUGCUGCUAACAUGGGGUGUUCAAGCUGUUCACCAGAUAAAGCCAUAAACAACAGAACCAUUCAAAGUUAUUUGUAGCAAAGUUGUAAUUCAAACCUGCAAAGUUUGUACAAUGUGCCUCAACAAAUGAACGUUCAGUUUAGUUGUGUUGGGUCGGUAGAUGGUAUUUAGAUCCUUAGUAUGGUUGUGAUGUUGAUGUUGUGAUUAUUGAACAAAUGGCUUGUCUCUUGAACAGCUUUUUUAAACGUAUUCUUUAUUUAUACAGAAACACAUUUUGUACAGAUAGCUGAAGAUGGUUUGUUUGCAUGUUACCCAGAGUUUCUAGCCAGUAAAUUGUCUUCCUGUGCCACAGUUUCUGAUAUUCUGUUACUGUUUUUUUGUUUUGUUUUGAUGAAAAAAAAAAAAAAAGCAUCUUCUGUUUGUUUUUACUUUUUUUUUUUUUUUAACUGAUCUCCUGAAUUUUUCUUUUUCUUUUUUUUUUUUAAUAAAAUCUUGUUUGUA